GUUGUUCCUGUCGAAUUAACUAGUUUGUCUUGCAUAAGUCAAAUCCGUAUAUUUCCCCCCAAAAUUUUGACGCCUAAACAAGUUAGACAAAGUGUUUACGAUAGCAUUCAAGUAAUAAUUAAACGUUAUCCUGGCGGAAUAGCCUCACUAGACCCUAUUGAAGAUAUGGGCAUAGAAGAUGAAAAUUUCCACAAGCUGAUAAGGAAAACCGAAGUCCUUGAAGAUAAGCUUUUCUCAAAUAAGAUUCAUAAUACCCCACAACUUUCAUCACUAUAUGAGCAAUAUGGCAAAAAAGUUGCACUUCGUGCCAGAAUAAGAACUUUGAAAAAGAAAGUCAACAAUGUUAAAUCCAUCUUACAUCUAGAUGAUCUUAAACACCGUAAAAGAGUUCUACGCCGAAUAGGAUAUUUAACUGAUGAUGAUAUAGUUACAGUUAAGGGUCGUGUCGCGUGUGAUAUCAAUGUUGGUGAUGAAGUGGUUCUGACUGAAAUGUUACUAAAUGGUGUUUUUAGUGAUUUAUCAGUUGAAAAGAUAGCAGCGCUUCUCAGUUGUUUUGUAAUAGAACAACAUGAUAAAGAAAGGAUUAAUUUAAAAGAAGACCUAUACGUUGUAUAUCGUAGAUUACAGGAGAUUGCACGAAACAUUGUGGCUAUAUCAGUAGAAUGUAAGCUUCAAAUAAAUGAAGAAGAGUAUCUUGCCAGUUUUUGCCCAGACAUGAUGGAAUUAGUGCAUAGUUGGUGUCAAGGAAAAUCAUUCGCAGAAAUUAUGAAAAUAGCACCUAAAUACUAUGAUGGUCAUGUUAUUAGAGUGUUUCGAUGUUUAGAUGAAUUAUUACGAGCAAUGGUUACUGUAGCCAAAAAUAUUGGAAAUUCAGAACUAGAAAUGAAAUUUCAGACGGCCAUUAGUAAGCUAAGACGAGGCAUACCCUUUGCAGCGUCUUUAUAUAUUCAAUAG